GGUACGCACGAGAAGCACAAGAUGUCUGGACGUGGCAAAGGAGGAAAAGCCAAAGCUAAGGCUAAGACAAGAUCGUCCCGGGCCGGACUCCAGUUUCCAGUGGGAAGAAUCCACCGUCUAUUAAGAAAGGGAAACUACGCAGAGAGAGUUGGGGCUGGUGCACCAGUUUACCUGGCUGCAGUGCUGGAAUACCUGGCUGCCGAAGUUCUCGAGCUGGCGGGAAAUGCUGCACGAGACAACAAAAAAUCCAGAAUCAUUCCCCGCCAUCUCCAGCUUGCCGUACGAAAUGACGAGGAGUUGAACCGAUUGCUAAGCGGAGUAACCAUAGCCCAGGGAGGUGUGUUGCCAAACAUCCAGACUGUCCUUCUGCCCAAGAAGACCACUGCUGCAGGCGGCAAAGGAAAGAAGAGCUCCCAGUCACAAGAGUAUUAAUCCACCACAGUGCCGGCCGGCACUGCCAUUCCAAAGGCCCUUCUCAGGGCCAACCAUUUCCCCCGGAAGGAAACUUUCUGAUUAGCACUGGAUUAUCUGAUUGGUUAGAAGAAUUUUGCACUGCAACAUAUGAGAUUUGGUAAUUUUCAUUGCGAGGUAUAUGUAGCUUUUAAAGUUAAUCUUUCCUCGAACUGCAUUUGGUAACUGGACAUGCGAGAACGAGAUCCGUUCCUAAAACGUGAAUGUACUCCUUUUUACAAGGCUUAUGAUUAAGUGAAGUGUAAUAUUUUCAUUGUAUAAAACUCUACUACAGACCCCUAUAACUGUAUGGCCACAAUCAUUGUUGGUCAACGAGAGCUCUGUACAAGCUGAAAGCCUUCGAAAUACAAAUUUUCAUUGGGAGGUGUGGAGUGUCUUCAUUAACCAAGAAUUAAAACUUUGACCAGUGAACACUAAAUUAAAUAAAUUUGUUAACUCCACGCGUAUCCAAUUCUCGGA